UCUGGAAAAUCUUUCACCAGCAUUGACCUACUUUAAUAAUGUACACUCUGAUUUGUAAACAGGUGUAGAGGAAGACUACACUGAAGGGGAUAAUUUAUUUGAGGUCAUUGCUCAAUGAAACUUAAUCACCAGUUAUAGUGUUAUGUUAUCUUUUUGCCAGAAAUGACAGGUGAUAUGUCGAGUGAACUAGUGUUUUAUGUGAAUGGAAUAAAGGUUGUGGAGGAGAAUGCAGAACCAGAGACAACCCUUUUACAGUUUCUCCGACAGAAAUUGGGCUUGACUGGUACAAAGCUUGGUUGUGGGGAAGGAGGAUGUGGGGCUUGUACUGUGAUGGUAUCCAGGUUUGAUCACUACAGCAAAAAGAUAUGUCACUUCUCAGUGAACGCAUGUCUUGCCCCACUAUGUUCUAUGCAUGGAAUGGCUGUGACGACAGUGGAGGGUAUUGGCAGUGUUAAGAAUGGCCUCCAUCCUGUGCAGGAAAGGCUUGCCAAAUCACAUGGAUCUCAAUGCGGAUUUUGUACACCAGGGAUUAUUAUGUCCAUGUAUACUUUAUUACGGAAUGAUCCCCAACCAACUAUUGAACAUAUGGAAAAGGCUUUUGAAGGUAACCUGUGCAGAUGUACUGGCUACAGACCUAUCUUAGAUGGCUUCCGAACAUUUACCAAGGAGUAUUGUGCUAUGGGAGAGAACUGCUGUAAGAAUAAAAAUGGUAACAAUAACCUACAGCUAGAAGAUGGGGUUGGAACAGACCUUGUCAAAACCAAAGCAUUCUUGCCAUUAGAUGCAACACAAGAUCCAAUAUUCCCGCCAGAAUUACAGAAUUCUGCCAAGUUUGAUACAGAUUACCUUAUAUAUAGAGGAGAACGGGUUGUAUGGCACAGGCCAACUAAAUUAGAUGAACUUCUUGAUCUCAAAUCAACAUACCCAGAUGCUCGAUUGGUUGUGGGAAACACUGAAAUAGGUGUUGAAAUGAAGUUUAAGAACAUGAAAUACCCUGUGAUGAUAGCACCCACACAUAUCCCAGAGCUUGUUGAUAUUACCCACACAGAUUUGGGGAUCAGAUUUGGAGCAUCUGUGACUCUAUCAAGGAUAGACCAAGAACUGAAAGAGGCCAUUGCAAAAUAUUCAGAACCCAAGACUCGAGUAUUUACAGCUGUGAUAGAGAUGUUAAGAUGGUUUGCAGGGUACCAGAUAAGAAAUGUCGCUGCUGUGGCAGGCAACAUUAUUACUGCUAGUCCAAUCUCAGAUUUAAACCCAUUGUUCCUGGCAUGUGGAGCAGUACUUGAAGUCCAAAGUAAAGAGAGUGGAAGGAGGCAGAUUACAAUGGAUGAAAAGUUUUUUCUGGGCUACAGAAAGACUGCUUUAACGUCCACAGAGGUUGUGAUAAAUAUACUUCUGCCUUUCACUUCAAAGAAUGAAUAUUUUGGUGGCUACAAACAGGCAUAUAGACGAGAGGAUGAUAUUGCCACAGUAAAUUCAGGGAUAUAUGUAGUAUUUGAAGAUAACAGUAAUGUGAUUAAGAAGUUAUCCCUGGCCUAUGGUGGAAUGGCUAUUACAACUAUAAUGCCCACCAGAACUAUGGCAGCAGUUGUUGGAAGAAAAUGGGAUGACAGUCUAGUCAUGGAUAUUUGUCAUCUGCUGGCAGAUGAUCUCCCCUUACAACCAGGGUCACCAGGAGGAAUGGUGGAGUACAGACGUACUCUUACAAUCAGUUUCUUCUUCAAGUUCUACCUCUCUGUACAGAUGCAGCUACAGUCUAUGCACCUAUCAAAAACCAAAGUUCCUUCAUACUUGCACAGUGCCACAGCCCCAUUUCACCGAGACCCCUCAAAGAGCACCCAGAUUUACCAAGAAGUGGCCUCAGGGCAGCUUGAAGAGGACCCUGUGGGACGCCCCAUCAACCACCUGUCAGCAAUGAAACAAGCCACAGGAGAGGCAGUAUAUAUUGAUGAUAUGCCAAAAUUUCAGAAUGAGCUGUACAUGGGAUUUGUGAUGAGCAAGAAAGCAUAUGCAAACAUCAAGUCAGUUGAUGCAUCAGAAGCAUUGUCAAUGCCUGGAGUAGUGGACUACAUCAGCCAUGUGGAUGUACCAGGCAAGAAUACAUGGGGAGCGGCAUUACCAGAUGAUGAAGAAAUAUUUGCUACAACUCAGGUAUUAUGUGAAGGACAGAUUAUUGGUGGAAUAGUUGCAGAAACUCAAAUACAAGCUCAGCGGGCUGCUAAAUGUGUAAAAGUAGAAUAUGAGGAACUGAAGCCCAUCAUUACAAUAAAGGAAGCGAUUGAGGCAGGAUCAUUCUUUGGAUCACCACAAAAAAUCAGCUGUGGUGAUGUGGAAGCUGCACUCCAGCAGGCUGACCAUGUGAUUGAAGGUGAAUGUCACGUUGGAGGUCAGGAACAUUUCUAUUUGGAAACUCAAGCAGUAAUUGCCAUUCCAAAAGGAGAAGAUGGGGAAAUGGAGAUGUUUAUCUCUACACAAAAUCCAACUGAAAGUCAGCAUGUGACAGCAGAGGCAUUGAAUGUUCCUGCCAACAGGAUAGUUGUUAGGGUAAAGAGGAUUGGCGGUGGUUUUGGUGGCAAGGAAACAAGAUCUGUAAAGAUCUCAACGCCUGUUGCCAUAGCAGCUAAUAAGUUGGGGCGGCCAGUACGUGUGAUGUUGGAUCGUGAUGAGGAUAUGUUGAUGACAGGGACUAGGCAUCCAUUCUAUGCAAAAUACAAGAUAGGAUUUAUGGAUGGAGGAAAAAUAACUGCUCUGGAGAUCAAUAUAUACAAUAAUGCUGGAAUGUCCCAGGAUCUGUCUUGGGCUGUAAUGCAUCGUGCCAUGUUUCACUCGGACAAUGCCUACAAGAUUCCAAACCUAAGUACCACGGGUCAUGUAUGUAGAACCAAUAUAUCAUCUAAUACAGCCUUCCGAGGGUUUGGAGGACCACAGGGAAUGAUGGUUGUGGAACAGUGUAUCACUGAUGUGGCAUAUACCUUGGGUGUUUCACCAGUCAAGGUAAGGGAGUUAAAUCUAUACCAGGAAGGGGACAGAACUCACUAUGGUCAGCUAUUAGAACAUUGUACUGUACAGAGGUGUUGGGAUGAGUGCUUGAACCAGAGUGAUUAUUUCAGACGUAAAAAGGAAGUGGAUAUUUUCAACAGUGAAAAUCGUUGGAAGAAAAGAGGCAUCACUAUAGUACCAACAAAGUUUGGAAUUGCUUAUACAGCACUAUUUUUAAAUCAGGUAGCUUUAUAUCAGGCUGGUGCUUUAGUACAUAUAUAUAUGGAUGGGUCAGUGUUGUUGACCCAUGCUGGUGUAGAGAUGGGUCAGGGGCUACACACUAAAAUGAUACAGGUUGCAAGCAGAGCUCUACGGAUUCCAGCUUCGAAGAUCCAUACAAGUGAAGUGGGUACCAAUACUGUACCUAAUACAUCGGCGACGGCUGCAAGUUGUGGUUCUGAUCUCAAUGGCAUGGCAGUCAUUAAUGCAUGCAAGACCCUCUUAGAAAGACUGGAACCAAUAAUGCUGGAAAAUCCCAAAGGAACAUGGGAGGAUUGGAUAAAGUCAGCAUAUAUAAAUAGGAUAAGUCUUUCAGCUACUGGAUUUUAUAAAACUCCUGGAAUAGGAUAUGAUUUUAACACUGGGAAAGGACGACCAUUCAAUUACUUUACAAGUGGAGUAGCUUGUUCAGAGGUUGAGAUAGACUGUCUAACUGGAGACCAUCAGGUGCUAAGAACUGAUAUAGUGAUGGAUGUUGGAGUCAGUCUGAAUCCUGCAAUAGAUAUUGGACAGAUAGAAGGAGGCUUUACUCAGGGUUACGGCUUGAUGAUGAUGGAGCAACAAAAGAUCUCCCCCAAAGGUAUUCUGUAUACACGAGGACCUGGCAACUAUAAGAUACCUGGUUUUGGCGAUAUACCUGUACAGUUCAAUGUUACCUUGCUCAAAGGCAGUGUCAACGAAAAGGCUGUUUAUUCUUCAAAGGCUAUUGGAGAACCGCCUCUUUUUCUAUCAUCAUCAGUUUUUUUUGCUGCCAAGGACGCCAUAGCGUCAGCACGUGCGGAUGCUGGACAUCAUGGGAAUUUUAUACUUCCUAGUCCAGCCACUCCAGAACGUGUAAGGAUGGCAUGUGAAGAUCAGUUCACAGAUCUGUUCCCAAAGGCCAAAGAAGGCACCUUCACUCCAUGGUUUGUUGAGUUGUAGAUCCAGCUGCAGCUAGUGAUACUUUAAUAACAUAUAAACCGCAGCAGCUGUGUCCGCAUCAGUUGAAAUACUCCCUAUGUGAUCACCUACGCAAAGUUGCAGUUUGCAGCUAAUUGGUGCAAAGGGUUGUAUAUGUUCUAAAUUCAGUUGCUUAACCAUUUAACUGUUUAUCACUUCUGUGAUACAUUUGAGAUUGACCUUCCGAAGAAUUGUACAGAUGUUGAUACAGGGCAUUAUGUGAUUCCAGUAUUUUUGUUGGUUUUGUUUAGUACCCUGUCAUAGUAUUAUUAUUGUUAUAAUAUAGUUCAUGUUUUUUAUGUAAUUCUGCUUAAUUGCUCAAGUACCAGUCAUGAAAAAGGGCUUAUUAGUUAAUUUUUGACACAGCACCAUGUAAAAAUGCUUGUAAUGCAUUUGGUUGUAUUUGUCUUUCUGUUCCAACUCAUCAGCUGUUUUUAUUGUUAUCUGAGUUAUAGCUACUCGAUAUUUUGUUAGGUCUGAAGUUAUUUUUGUAGUAGGUUGUCAUUAUGUCUGAAAGAAUAUGUUUAAUUUUUCUAUAGUUUGAUAUAUAAAGGUAUAUCACACAUGUGUUAAAAUUGUUAGUUCAAACAAAAAUCGAAUUUUCAUUGGAAUGUAUUGUCACAUCUAAUGACAAGUUCUUGUUAAUCUGUUUUAUUUCUUUUGGGCAAAUGUUUAGACAAGGUUUGUAAAUUUAGCAAGACAAAGCACAUUUCCUGAAAGCUAGGCUCUGAAAUUGAUAUUAUGCAUUAUAACUACAUGUAGGUAAAUAUUAUACCAAGAUUUGUGAUAUUAUGGUGUUAUUCAUUCUAGAAUUUGAUAUAAAUAUUCAGAGGGUAUAUAUUGGGUCUGGUAUUGCAGAUUGGAUAUUAACUUUCAUUGAUAAUCGGACAUUAUAUUAUCCAGAAAAGGAUAGCACUAAGCAGUGUAUACUAUUACAAUGACUUUAUACCAUAUAGCUAUGCUACUUGGAAAAAACAUUUAAUUAAGAAAAUUCAAUUACUGCUGCUUUCAGUACUUCUCAUCCAGUAAUUUACUGGAUGGGAGGAGACUUAUUGCAGGGCAUCAGUCAAUUAAUAUUGCUGUCACAGCUAUGAAGGAUAAUAUUUUGUGGGCAUUUUGCAUUUGUUAAGUAGCAAAUAAAAUGUUACACAUAACAAUUUAAUAUUAUGAUAUCAAUUUCUUUAGUAACCUGUUUAAAAACAUGAACUGUUGUUAAACAAUAUGUCAUGAAGAUUGACAGAAUUUAAGACAUUGAUAACAAAUACAAUGUAAUUAGAAUGUAACAAAACUCUUGAAGCAUGAAUGCUUCUGCUAUACAAUUGUUUGUUAAUUAAUGUCUUCAUGUCUUCAUGUCUUCAUGAUGAAAAAGUGUAAAGCAGAACCAUGUUUUAAAGAACAUUAUAUUACUUGUAGGAACAGACAGUAGUGCAGUAGUUUUUUUAGACGUUAACAGUUAUAAAAGCAGUCAUCUAGUCUGUGUGUUUCCAUGUUUUCAAUUAAAUGUUUAGUUAAUUACAUAACAUGAAAAUGAAAAGCUCAGGACAAAUGUAAAGUAAUUUAAAUAUGUUUAUAUGUUUAAUCUAGCUAUUUAUGAAAAUGGUAAAUCUUGCUUGGAGAAAUAUAACUCCAGUAUGAUGUAUUUUAGCAAUAUGGAAGUUUUGAAAAAUUAUUGUUUUAAAUUGCAAAGUUUAAAAUGAGUAGAAAUUAAUGUUUAAAAAUGGCAAAAUUGUUUUUUCAAAGCAUGUCCAUGAAGAUCCUCACAAAAUAAGUUGAUAAAUUUAUGCUGGGUGAUUAUAACUGUUGAUGUUCAGUAGAAAAACAUAAUUGAGCUGCGCCAUGAGAAAACCAACAUAGUGGCUUUGCGACCAGCAUGGAUCCAGACCAGCCUGUGCAUCUGCGCAGUCUGGUCAGGAUCCAUGCUGUUCGCUUUCAAAGCCUAUUGCAAUUAGAGAAACCAUUAGCGAACAGCAUGGAUCCUGACCAGACUGCGCGGAUGCACAGGCUAGUCUCGAGCCAUGCUAGUCGCAAAGCCACUAUGUUGGUUUUCUCAUGGCGUGGCUCAUAUGAUAUUGUGGUGUUCAAUUAAAUAAAAAUAGCUUGCAAGUCAGCACAAUUAUGAUAUUUAUUAUGACAUUGUUGGAAAUAUUUAUUUGUAAUGAAAUGUGUAAUUGUGAAGGAUUGAUUUCAAAUUUUGAGGUAUACAUUAGACAAUGAAAUUAUUAAUUAUAAAUGAAGUUAUUAAGCUACUAUUUAUGCUAUAAGGCACAACGAUAUUUUAUAUUGUUAUUACAUUGUACUAUCCUUAUAGGGUAUAAUAUUGUUAUUCCACUCAGUGCAAAGUUAUUAUUAGUCAUUAUAAUCUGAAAUAUGAAAAGCGGUCGGAAACAGGGAAAUUUAAUGUAUCUAUUAAAUAGACUCGAGGAUUUUAAAAUGCCUCAUCCAUAUGACUUCAUUUUAAGACUUGCAACUUGCCUUCAAAUAUUUUGAAUCAUUAAAUCUGAUCGAUAUGGUGGUUUCUUUGGCAAUACAUGUACUUGCCACCUAUGAACUUAUAGCUCAUGCUGUUUACAUGUUGCGUCAUACAAAAUUCACAGCACGUUUUGCAAAUAUUAUUUGAAACCGAUUACAGUCCGGUAAUAUCAAUCAUCCAGUUUUAUGGGGAGAGCAACCGAAAUUAUACUGGAUAAGGUGUGGCUUUAGGGAUUCACGAUUGACAUCGUCAAGGGAACAGCUUAAAUUAUGUUAGCGUCACCAACUUUGGCGUUUUGUAAUGAACAAGUCUUCUUUUCUAUGAAAAAAAACUUGUUUGAUUAUGUAUGUUUUAACAGUGUAACUAUUUAAACGGAUCUUUGGUAUUCUUCCCGAUGACGGCAAUCGAGUAUUUAUAUAUUCAAAUAUGAGCAUCAGGAGGGAUGGUCAAGCUUCGUUUAGCUUAGGAAAAUUUCCCCAUUUUAGCUCAACUAUUCGAAGAAUAUGGAGAGUUGUACUACUCACUCCGUCGUCGGCGUUGGAUAAAGUUUUAUAAAAUUGUAAUAUCUUGUAUACCAUCGAAGAUAUUUACAUCCAACUUGGAACACUUGUUUAGUAUAACAGUCUCUGCCUGAAGGCAAAAGUAUAUACCUCUUUGUCAGUAUUUUGGCUGAAUUAUGACCUGUUUUGGAUUUGUAAUUGGUUCAGAUUUCGUACAAGUCCAUGUUUUGUAAAAACUAUUUGACAUGUGGCUUUAAAACUUUGAACACUUGUUUAUUAGAACAGUCUCUACCUGUAGGCAAGAGUACAUAACUCUGUCAGUUAUUUUGGCUGAAUUAUGGCCCUUUUUGGACUUGGAAAUUGGUUCAGUUUUCGUACAAGUUAAUGUUUUGUCAAAACUAUUUGACAUGUGGCUUUGAAACUUUGAACACUUGUUUAUCAUCAUGAUCUCCAUCUGUAGGCAAGAAUACAUAACUCUGUCAACUAUUUUGGUUGAAUUAUGGCCCAUUUUGGACUAUGGCCCUUUUUGAAAAUUUUUCAUAACAGUCCAUAUUUUGCCUACCCUGUUUGUCAUAUGGCUUUGAAACUUUGACCACUUGUUUACCAUCAAAAUCUACAUAUGGAGGCAUGACUACAUAACUAGGACUAGGACUUUAACUCAGUUAUGGCCCUUUUUUGACAUAGAAAUUUGUUAAGUUUCACAUACCAUUCCAUAUUUUGUCUAAACUGUUAGAUAUAUGACUGAAACACUUGAACACUUGCUUACCUUCAUGGUCACAAAUUGCCAUACAUGUAUAGUGCAACGCUUAUCCAGUUCCACAAAUACAGGUACAUUGUCUUAUUUAUUUUUCUUCUUUUGUAUGAAAAUCUCUGGUAACAUUUUGACCCCAUACUACCAUCAAUUCUUCGAAUAUUGGAGCGCGCUGUCAACAGACAGCUCUUGUUUUAUGCAUAUUCUCAAAAUAUAUGCAUUAUGAAAAUCUUAUUGGAUCAAGUCUUUCAAGUACUUAGAUUAGGGGUUUGUAAACUCCUUAAAUGCAAGCUUAAGCAUUUCAUAGGUUCAUUCCAUCCUUUAUGAGGAUGGAGAGCGAGUGUAAACCAGUGAACUCGCAUAUAUAUUUUAUAAGGGAGAGAAAUAUUUUGUAGUACCAUUAUACCAUUAUGUAUUAAAUAGAUUACAUAUUACAAAUAAAAUGUAUGAAAUCAUUA